AUGUCGAACCAGCCCGUGCCCCCCAACUGGAAGGCAAGUGCAUACAAUCGACGCGUGAAUCCGACUUGCCUGUCUUUGGAACUUCGCUCGAGGUCAAGACCAAGACUCCCAGCGGCCAAUCUUCAAGGUUGCCGGAACCCGCGACAACAAGUCGCGGUCAUCAACGGAGAUGUCGAGGCCAAGUACUCUGACCCUAAGAACGGCCUCGUCAUCACCCAGGCAUGGACCACUGCCAACGUCCUCCGCACUCAAGUCGAGCUCGAGAACCAAAUCGCCAAGGGUCUCAAGCUUGAUUUGAAUACCGCACUCCUCCCUGACAAGGGCCAAAAGACUGCACUUGUUAACGCUAUCUGGAAGCAGCCUGGUCUCCACUCGCGCGCUGUCGUCGAUCUCUUCAAGGGUCCCACUUUUACCGCCGACACUGUCGUCGGCCGCGACGGCUUCUUGCUCGGUGGUGAGGCCGCGUACGAUGUUACUGCCGGCAAGGUCACCCGGUAUGCCGCUGCCAUUGGCUUCUCUGCUCCCGAGUAUGCUGUCACUCUUCACGGAUUGGGCAACUUCUCGUCCUACUCUGCGAGCUAUUACCACCGUGUUUCUCGCGAUGUCGAGGCUGGUGCCAAGGCCGUCUACGACACCAAGGCGACUACUGGUGGUGUGAACCUCGAAGUUGGUGCCAAGGCAUACCUCGACUCGGCUGCUUUUGUCAAGGCCAAGAUUAACAAUACUGGUGUCCUCGUUCUUGGCUACACCCAGGCUCUUCGCCCCGGUGUUCGCGCCUCGUUCGGUCUCGCACUCGACACCCAGCGUCUCAAUGACACUGCUGCUCCUGCUGCACACAAGGUCGGAGCCAGCUUCACCUUUGAAGGAUAA